GUUGACAUCACGGCAGUCACGGCACACACAGGCAGACACACUCCACCACGCAGUCAUCGAGAGAGAGAUCUGGCAGGUCAGCCAGCCAUGCAGCCAAAGCAGUCCCACAUCGGCCGAAGCACAUCACAUCAAAAUCGGCCCACAGCGGACCGCACCCACACCGACAGACACACACAGAUACAGACGGAGGGAGGGAGGGAGAGAGGGAGGGCUACACACAGAGAAGGGGCGAAGCCAUAGACCGACUCACGCAAGAAUCAGAGCCAAGCCAGCCAUUCGGUAACGCAUCAGCAGCUGGUCUACAGAGUCACGAAUCGGCUACAGGGAUGCAUGACAACAGCCAGCAGCCAAAGAUACCUCCUGACGGCAGGCACGCACACUCAGCCACCAGUACUGACUCAUGGAUCGAUCAGUCGCCGCACUCUGCCUCGGCUACGCCGCCGUCACCUGCCGAAGGCACCACACACACACACACACACACGAAUGUGAUGCAGGUCGACGUGCGUGUGGCUGCGUACCUCCGCUGUCCUCUCCGCUGCCCUCAUCCAGAUCAUCCCAACCACCGCCACCAUCGUCUGCACCACACACACAGAGUGAAGGCACAUCGUCCAUCCACCCACCAAUGUGCGUCUGUCCGUACCAUCGUCAUCGUCGCUGUCGUCAUCUUGUUGCUGCUGCUGCUGUUCUACUUGGCUGUCGAAAACGUAUGACGCCACUCGCCCCAGCGCCACACGGGCCAGCCGAGUGGUCACAGCGAAGCGACACUUGAAGGGCGCACCCUCACGCAUACCAGCCGCAGGUGCCUCGGAGGUUCGAACACAACCCCACACUGCAGACAGACGACAACAACACAUGACAUUUGACCAGUAGAGCUGCCUGUCCGUCGGCCUGACCGGUGCCGUCCCCACAAUCCAAAAUGACAAUCCACGCGACGAAGUCGUGGCUGCCGUUGAUCAGCACCAGCCAUCGCACACCACCGCCCCAGCUGAGUGUCGUCGAGCAUCCGGCCACCGGUGUGUGGGGCGACUGAGUGAGGAGGCCAUCCAGACGGCCGCCACCAACACGCCUGAACCAAACACACACACACAGACACCUAAUCAAACACGCAUCCCUCUUGCCACUGCUGCCAUUGGUGUGUCACCUGUUGUGUGAUAUCUGUGUGUGAUUGAUCUGGUGAGUCCCAUAGAAGUGGUCGAGGAUCUUGCGCUUGGCGAAGGACGACACCGACGCAUCGGUGGUCGGACCGCGAGACACCCAUUCGCCGAUGGCGUCCCUGUAGCGGAUGCGGCUACGCACUGGUGGGUCAUGCUGCUGUCGGUGCUGCUGAUACAGAUGGUGGGCAGCGAGGGGCGGGUCGAGAUUCAGCCGGAAGUCGGGCUGGUCCUUGAUGGCCCGCACCUCACUAUUGUGGCCAUGGUGGAAGAUCCGCAGGCAGCUGUCGUCACCGAAGUCGAUGUGGCGGCCGACCACCAUGAGCUGCGCCAACACACGGGGGAACGAUUCAUACGCCUAGACCACACCAUACAGACAGACAGAGAGAGAAGGGAUGAGGCCUCUCUGUUAUCUCCCGCCCCUCUCUGUGUGUGCCUUCUUAUCGUCUUGUUUGCGUGUGUGUUGAUGUCAUCUGCUGUGAGGAUGACGGGCAGCGUGCAGCAGCCGCACUGCCCCGCCAGCUCAAUCACCUCGCCGAUCUCCACCCAUUCUCCCUCCUCCAUCACACACACAGCCACCAGCAGGUCACGCACGCCGAACUGGUCAUCGUCGAACCGCACCAGCAGCCCCGCCUGUGACCCGAGCGAGUGGCGGAGCCGAUCUCUCAGCUGAGCCGCUCUGAAGAGACCUCUGAGCCACGUGCAGGUUGCUCUCAGCCGCAGUAUGUCUGUGAGGCUGAGCAGAUAGAAGGUCCGACGACCAACGAAGAUGUACGUGAAGGGAUGCUGCUGCUGCUGCUGCUGCUGUUGCUCCAUCAUCGCGGCAGCCACAUGAGAUGAAGCAGCCUCACGGACCUUCUCAUCGUACGGUGAUAAAGCACCCUUUCCUUUCAGGGGUCGCCUCAUCCAUGCCGUAUGGUGCGCAUGUGUUUCUGCGAUUGCUUGUGUCUUUGCGUGAGCAAAUCCAUACCGACUCUAGAUCAGACGUGCUGCUGCUGGG